GCUAGACUUGUUGAAAGAAGGCUGGAGCAGUAACUGCUUUUAAUAUUUGGACUUUUCUCCGCCGUGUCAAGCGCUGUUCUUCUAUGAACCUUGGACUUGAGAAUUCAUUGCUUGAGGCAGCAGCGCAUUUGUGUGAAUUAGCGGCUCUGAAAAGAAACCAUAUCUGGUCAAAGUAUUCAGCUGUCACAUGCGCUAUAUAUAGUGUGGGAUAAGCGCUGUCUGAAGUGCUGUGGUUGGGCGGCUCGACUGUUCCUGUCUUUUUUCCUUCUAUUUUAUCUUGUUCACCAUGUUCCGUAAAGAGAUGGACAAGUACCGGGAUGUGGAUGAGGAUGAGCUCUUGCAGAAGCUCAGUGAAGAAGAGCUCAGGAGACUUGAAGAUGAACUUGAAGAGCUUGAUCCUGAUAACGCACUGUUGCCGGCAGGAUUCAGACAGAGGGAUCAGACUAAGAAAGCUCCGACCGGAACGUUCCAGAGAGAUGACCUUCUAUCUCACCUGGAGAAACAGGCCAAAGAACAUCCAGAUCGAGAUGAUCUUGUUCCCUACACUGGUGAGAAAAGAGGAAAAAUGUGGAUGCCUAAGACCAAAGUUGUUGACCCUAUCCUGGAAGAUGUCACUCUGGAGCCUGAACUAGAGGAGGCGCUAUCUAGUGCUACUGAUGCAGAAUUGUGCGAUAUAGCAGCCAUUUUGGGCAUGCACACACUGAUGAGUAAUCAGCAGUAUUACGAAGCAUUGGCCAGCAGUACUAUCGUCAACAAACAGGGCUUGAACAGUGUAAUCCAGUGUACUCGGUAUAAGCCUGUGCCAGACGAACAGCCCAAUGACACAGAUGUAGAGGAAACACUACAGAGAAUCAAGAGAAAUGAUCCAGACCUUGUUGAGGUCAACCUUUUCAUUAUUUUUAAUGCAAGAAAGUAGUGUUUAAUUUAUGCAGACUUUUAUAAAAAAAAAUAUAUUUUGGGGUGAAUACAUUCUAAUACUUAUUUCGCACUAGCAGACAUACUGAAAGUGAACACCACUCUAAAGAGUCUAAACGUUGAGUCAAACUUCAUUACUGGAGCUGGAAUUCUGGCACUCGUGGAAUCCUUAAAGAGCAACACUACACUGCAGGAGCUAAAGAUUGACAACCAGAGCCAGCCUUUGGGUAAUAAGGUUGAGAUGGAGAUAGCUAACAUUUUGGAGAAGAACACUACUCUGCUGAAGUUCGGAUACCACUUCACCCAGCAGGGCCCACGCUUGCGUGGAUCUAAUGCCAUGAUGAACAACAAUGACCUGGUAAGAAAGAGAAGGCUUGAAGGAGGACCCAUCUUUCCUAAAUGUCGGACAAACGUGUAGCAGCCUCGGGAACCCUCUAUGGCCUGGGACCUGCAUCACACCCCAUCUCAUCCCAAAUCCUCCCUUCAUUUCUGUCCCUUUCACAGAUAAAUCACAGGAUCAUCUAAAAGAAAACAUUCAAUUCAGAAUGCUUUUUUUAAAGCCCCAGAUCUGGAAACCCAAAGGUACCACCCUCUGUUUACCAGACACAUAGUUACUCAUGGUGAGUGUUUUAAAAAUGUGUAAACUACCUGCCAUAACAUUAGCAGGGGAAAAUCACCUACUUGUGUUGAUGGAAGCAGUAAAGAUGAAAAUGACACUCUCACAAUGUUGACCUAAUAUUCUUGCUGUAAACAGUUUGACCUUAAAACCAGCCAUUUCACUGUGUUUGGAUGCACACCAAGAGCAUCAAACUUCAAACUUGACUGAUUGUAGGUGUGGUUUUGUCUUCUCCUGGCCAGUUUGAGUCUCACUGUAGUAGUAGUUCUCGCACACAUCGCAUAGAAGCAUGUUCUUACUGUGUGCUUUUUGGGAUAUACUGUCAUUUUGACCUGCUCGUCUCUCUUGAAAUGUUUAACAACAGGUAAAUUUGUAGCUAUGCAGAUUCAUUGCUGGCAAGUCGCUGUACUGUGGUUUCUAGUACUUUGCUAUGCGGCAAACACCAAUGAAAGUGCAUUGUUGGUGCAUAUUUGCAUAAACUCGCAUCACCAAGUCGUCAACAGCUCAUGUCGCAGAAAUCACCAACUCGCAUUUAAAAAUAAAUAUGAAUUUCCAGUCGCUGCAAAUCACUGUCAGUGUGAACAUAUCUUUAUUGGUCACCUGAUAACAGUACAAAAUCUAAGCUCUAUGUCAUUUGCACUGCUCCAGUAUAUUUAUGAAAGUAUUUAUGUAGUUUAUAUCCUUGGUUUGAUGAGGGGAAAACCUCUUUGUCAUGUUUAGGACAAGCUGUGUUUCAAUUUCCACAAUUAGCAAUAAUAUCUCUCUUAUUAUACUAACGGUCUCUCUAUGUUAUCCACUUAUCAUAAAAUGAAUAUGACUUAUGUGUAUACAGUGUUCUUCCUCAUUUAAUGCUUUUUUAUGUUUGAGUGAGGCUCAAAACACAAUUGAAAACCUAUCAUAAAACUAUAUGUAUUAUUGCCUAUGACUGCUCUCAUUAAGUAACGUCCAGGUUAAAUCCCUAAACAAAGAUAUUAUAUUUUGCAUGAAGAAAAUUAUUUUAGGAUCGAACUACCAUACAAGAUUUUUUGCAUUGUGACAUUACUUUCAUGGCAUUUAAGCAUGAUUUCCCCUGAAUUCUCAUUACAUUAGUACAUUAAAUAAUUUAAUUCAGUAUAACAAAAAAUACAAAGGGCUUGAUUCUUACUUUUUCCCCAAAUAACACUAGUGCUCUUAAGUUGAACAAUUUAGGAGCAUGUUAAAACUCUAAGGGCACAUUGAAAAUGUAUCAUAAAGAGCCACAAAGACAUUUACAAGCAAAAAGAUUUAAUUUAUUAAAACACAAAGUACACUAGGUUUUUAAAUAUUUCAGCUUCAAACUGUAUUAGUAAUUAUAUACUGUUAUAAACAGAUUAUUGUGCUGAUACUAGUAAAAUCGGUGUUAAAUAAUGUUUGCAAUCUUUCUUUCCUGAGAGGAGGCAGCCCAGACAGAACAGACUUUGCAGCGUUCAUAUUUACAUAAUGAAAUAAUAACCUUUUAAAGCUUAACAAUCACAAUAGGCUGUAUCAUGAUUUCUUUUUUCUGUCCCCAAGACCUUUUAAGAUAAGAUGUUUGUUAUACAAUUUAAGAUAUUUAAGACUUUUUAAAUACUUGCAGCAACUUUUUUUAUUUGCACGUGCUCCUAAAUACAUUUUACAGUUUGCACACAUCUAUUUUUAGUUGCAGAAGCGAGUGAAAUGUUCACAAUGUUGAGCUCUUGUACAGGAAUUUUUACUUAAAAUUGCACUGAACGAUUUGUCAUACAUCUUGAUUUUGAGGGGAAAUAUGACCUGGUCAUUUAUUGGCAGUUUUUGUGAGACUAGGCAUCAUUUGCAAUCUGUCAUGUGCAGUGAUUUAGCAGGUGUGUGUGUGUGUUUCUCAGAUAUUUGUUGUCCGUGAUCAGGCCUUACUCCCUUCACACUCUCCCAGCACAGUAAAAGUCAGUGUGUUUUAUGGAUGUAAACAUUAUCCUUCUGUUUAAAGGACAGAGCAUUUAUAGGACUUUUGGGGCCGUCGUCUUGUUCAAAACCAAAAAGGGACAAUUUUACUGUUGAUUGUCUUGUCCUGUGUUUGGACGCAGGCCCAUAAUCGUAGCCAUAGAGUGCCUGGGAAGGUGCACAUAUUUACAUUUUGUUAGUGCACCUUACUGUAUGUGGUUUACUGAGUUAAUAAAGACUGAAUAAGUUGUGUGGAAA